GACUCGCUCGGCUUUGCUUCUUCUCUACUCUUCUCGAGUCUCCGGUCAAAACCCUAGCUCCGGCGAUCAUCGCCGCCAUCUCCGAUGGUGCUUACCUACACCCAGGAGCACACCUACCACCACCCUUGGGAUCGAGUCACAGCCGCAGCGUGGCGGAAGUUCACGGAUCCAGAAGCAUCAUCGGCGCUCUCCCACGUCGUCGACGUCCACAUCUCCCGCCGGCUUGAUCCCGAAGCCGGCCGCCUCCACACGACCAGAUCCAUCACCGUCCGAUCCCCACCUCUACCAUUCCCUCUCCGCGCGCUCACCGGUGGCGGCGGAGCAGUCUUCUGCCACUGCAUCGAGACGACCAUCGCCGACUCCGGGAGGCGUCGCAUGGAGGUCGUUGCACGAAACAUCGGCCUCCGGCGGCUAAUCGAGGUGGAGGAGCGAUCCGUGUACGAGCCCCACCCUCUGGAUCCAGAUCGCUGGACGGCGUUCCGGCAAGAGACGAGGAUCCGAUGCAAGCCCUUGUCGGCCUUGGCGUCUAUCGCUGAGAAGGUUGAGCAACGGUGCGCUGAGAGGUUCUUGCAGAACAGCGCCAAAGGAAGGGACUUUGUUGAGCGGAUUUGUAGGUAUCUUGAGGCCGAGGGUUCCUCCGCCGCCGCCGCCGCCACCGCCGCCGCCUCGCCGUGAGAAAAAGGUCAGAGCUUUUUCUCUUCCAUUUUUUUCUCACUUCUUUCUCUGCAUUGAUGUUGUUGUUGUUGUUGUUGAUGUUCUCAAAAGGAAAAUUGGGAAUUUUGGUGUAAUGAUAAUAAUAAUAAUAAUAGUUAUGAAAUUUUAGGGUUUAAUGAAAACUGAGAAAUUAUUGAAGAAAUGGGAAACCUUUUUGGUAUUUGGGAUUUGUUUUAUCUGUUGUUGAGAUUGUUGUUGCUUUGAUUUGGAUUGAGAAAAUAAUUGAUGAAAUAUGAAGGAAAAAUGUUAGAAAUUU